AUGUUAAAUUUUAAGAAUGUUUUCAAAUUAUUUAUUUAAGCUAAAACUACACCGAACCCAAAUUUUUUGAAAUUUAUUCCAGGAGGUAAGUAAGUUAUGAUAAAUGGAACUUAUGAUUUUUCAAGACCUAGAGAAGCUAAAUGUUCUCCUUUGGCUUAAAAACUAUUUAUGAUUGAUGGAGUGACAAGAGUUUUUUAUGGAAAAGAUUAUAUUUCUAUAUCAAAGAAGGAAGAAAGCAGAUGGGAAGAACUAAAACCAUAAAUAUUUGAACAUAUAAUGGAACAUUAUUAAUUAGAUUAAGAUGGAUAGGAAAAAUAAUUAAUUAUUGAUGGUUAUAAAGAAAGCCAAGACACUUAAAUAAAUGAAGAUGAUUCAGAAGUAUUAUAUUUAUAUAAAAAUAGGCUGUUUAAUUAAUUAAAGAGAUUAUUGACACUCGUAUUAGACCUACAGUUUAAGAGGAUGGUGGAGAUAUAGUAUUUAGAGAAUUUGAUGAAUAGAAAGGAAUUGUACAUUUAUAUAUGAAAGGAUCAUGUGCAGGAUGUCCAUCAUCUUCUGUAACAUUGAAAAAUGGAAUUGAAAGAAUGUUGUGUCAUUAUGUUGCUGAAGUCAAAGAAGUUCUCGCUGAAGAUUAUAUUGGUUCUGAUUGA